UCGCUCAUGGUUAGAUCGUUUCCCGGCCCCAUCCCGACCCACCCAAGCGUUGAUUGCACUGGCAAACCCCAGAAUUAUGAAAUUUGUCAGGGUCAAUUCACUACGCGCCCUCCGUCCCAACCCUCCGCUAAUCACUUCUCUUGCUUUCAAUGACCGGGCUGACAUCCUUUGGGUAGCGUCACACAACAAGGCUAUGUUUCCUUAUUUCUCUAAGGAUUUAGUCAUGAAUGCGAAGGAUGAGCUGGAAAACGAUAAGCUGGUCCAAGCUUCGAUUAGGGAUGAGAUAGCAAUGAAGAAAGGGGUGUUCGUUGAUCUCUGGGGUGCAAAGUCUCCCUUUCAUACUGGACUUGUCCAGAUCCCGAUUGAGGGGAUGCGUGAGUCGGAGUCGGAGGACGAGGAGGGUAUGCCCCUCACCGAGGAGGAAAAACUGUAUUUCCAGCAGGCGAUAUCGGAGUCUAAGGCUGAGCUUGCAAUAAAUCUUGUGAAGGAGAAGGGCAAAGGGGUUAAUAAGUUUUAUCGUAAUGUGUUUCUCCCCAUCGCUCCGUCUAGAUGGAUUGAGGGUGAGGCGAUGAGAUGCACUGAUAAGAUACGGGAUCUUGACACCUUUAACCACAGUGCCCCAUUAGUAAAUGAAGGAUGCAUGACAACUGAUGAAGCGGGUCGGAAAAGAUGGGUCCCGAAUGUCGAGAUGCGUGAGUCGGAGUCGGAGGACGAGGAGGGUAUGCCCCUCACCGAGGAGGAAAAACUGUAUUUCCAGCAGAUGAUAUCGGAGUCUAAGGCUGAGCUUGGAAUAAAUCUUGCAAAGGAGAAGGGCAAAGGGGUUAAUAAGUUUUAUCGUAAUGUGUUCCUCCCCAUCGCUCCGUCUAGAUGGAUUGAGGGUGAGGCGAUGAGAUGCAAUGAUAAGAUAUUGGAUCUUGACACCUUUGACCACAGUGCCCGAUUAGUAUCAAUGCCUACAGACUCCUCGCCUCGCUCACAGAAGCAGAAAUGGACUUGUGUGAGGAGAAGGCUCUUGGAGCCAACACGGACCUAGUGAAGGGGUCAUAUCCUUUGACGGACGACGCCAUGAAGCUCCCUGUGGUUGGACAUUUUGAUCCACUGAAAUGCACGGCGACUUCUUCACACCUGUCCAUUAAAAGCUUUUGUGCUCCUAAUGGGUCUUAGCCCCUCCCGGAGUUAAAAAGAAUUUGGAACGUGGGUCGUCCCUUCCUUUAGUGUAGAUGCUUUGAGAAGGGGUUGCCCGAUUGCAAAACCUCCAUCACGUGGUUUGACCAUGCACUCUGGUAUAUCCUCGCAAAUCCUUAUUACCUCUUCCCUGCAGCUCUCACGCUCCUCGUGAGAAUGAAGGUCUUGAGAAAUU